GUGGCGAUCAUGGCAAGUUAAAAGUUUUCUGACUCCUCUCGGAGGAGACUCCGGACCCCGGGGAGUAACAGGUGUCUGGAGGCUGAAGGGUGGAGGGGUUGCAGGACUUGGGGUUUGCUUGUGAAACUCCCCUCCACCCUCCUCUCUCACAUCCACCCACCCCCUUUACCCCCUUCUUUUUCCGUCCUUGGAAAAUGGUGUCCAAGCUCACGUCGCUCCAGCAAGAACUCCUGAGCGCCCUGUUGAGCUCCGGGGUCACCAAGGAGGUGCUGGUCCAGGCCUUGGAGGAGUUACUGCCAUCCCCGAACUUCGGGGUAAAAUUGGAGACGCUGCCCCUGUCUCCCGGGAGCGGGGCCGAUACCGACACCAAGCCGGUCUUCCAUACUCUCACCAAUGGCCACGCCAAGAGCCGCUUGUCCGGAGAUGAGGGCUCUGAGGACGGCGACGACUAUGACACCCCUCCCAUCCUCAAGGAACUGCAGGCGCUCAACACCGAGGAGGCGGCGGAGCAGCGGGCCGAGGUGGAUCGGAUGCUCAGUGAAGACCCUUGGAGGGCUGCCAAAAUGAUCAAAGGCUACAUGCAGCAACACAACAUCCCCCAGAGGGAGGUGGUGGAUGUCACCGGCCUGAACCAGUCACACCUCUCACAGCAUCUCAACAAGGGCACCCCCAUGAAGACCCAAAAGCGCGCUGCCCUGUACACCUGGUACGUCAGAAAGCAGCGCGAGAUCCUCCGACAGUUCAACCAGACAGUCCAGAGCUCUGGAAAUAUGACAGACAAAAGCAGUCAGGAUCAGCUGCUGUUUCUCUUUCCAGAGUUCAGUCAACAGAGCCAGGGGCCUGGGCAGUCCGAUGAUGCCUGCUCUGAGCCCACCAACAAGAAGAUGCGCCGCAACCGGUUCAAAUGGGGGCCCGCAUCCCAGCAAAUCUUGUACCAGGCCUACGACCGGCAAAAGAACCCCAGCAAGGAAGAGAGGGAGGCCUUAGUGGAGGAGUGCAACAGGGCAGAAUGUUUGCAACGUGGUGUCUCCCCCUCCAAAGCCCAUGGCCUGGGCUCCAACUUAGUCACUGAGGUCCGUGUCUACAACUGGUUUGCCAAUCGCAGGAAGGAGGAAGCCUUUCGGCAGAAGCUGGCAAUGGACGCUUACAGUUCCAACCAGACGCACAACCUGAACCCACUGCUUACCCACGGUUCCCCCCACCACCAGCCCAGCACCUCUCCUCCAAACAAGCUGACAGGGUUAGGGUGUGCUUCUGAUGGGAAAGCCUGGGAGCUGAGAGCUGAUGCAAGUACGGAGGUGACCGGUAUCACCAGGAUAGGUGCAGAGCCGCCAGCUGUCUUUCGCCAGCAGGAGCUGUCCCUGGUUAUAGGCCCCAUGACAGCCCAUUCUGAGUCCAUUGAGCAGGCCCCGAGUGAUGGCCUCUACCUCCAUUCUGGAGCUGAAUCAAGAGAAAGGCCCCCAAAAGGUCAGAGGGCAGGGUGCCCAAAACCUGGUGCUCCUGGGGCCAGCAUCCAUGAGCCUACCCGAGUGAUCAGCAGCUGUGAUGAUGAUAGUGAUGAUGAUGGUGAUGAUGAUGCUGAUGGAGCUACCUUCAGUGAUGGUGAUGAAGAGGCUAGG